GGAGAGCGCCUGACACGGGCGAGCGAAACAGUGGUGAAACUCCAGAAAUUCAAUCCAACCUCUAAAUAUCGAAGGGAUUCUGCGAAGACGCUCUCCAACAGCCCUCUUUCCUCAACGACUCAGAUACUACAACCAGAGCGCAUAAAAGAGGAAUUGAUCGCGCCUCAUCGAGGCAAAAUCCCACUGACCGCAGGUCUUCGAUCGACACUCGACGGUGGUCAACGCUGACGGAGCGAGGAACCUGAAGGCGACAGACCGCUACCCUCGUCUACAGAACAAAGGAGUCCUUCGUUUCCUCUUCGGAGCCUACGCCUACCUACCGGGAUGUCCGCCAGCCAGUCUCUUCGCCGUCUGGCGGUGACACUGCUGACAUGCGCUUUUGUUUUCUGCCACGCUGAGGAGAACCAGGACUGCAGCAUAGAGCGGCUCCGAGCAUGCGGUUCAGACUUCAUCCUCUUUGGGAACACCACGAGAAUUCCAGAAACGUCCCAAGAACUUCGGGAGGCCUGCCGGUUGUGGACCUCCGAGAUCGAGUGUUCGCUGAAGUACAUCGACGACUGCCUAGAAGGCACGACCCGCGGAACAGUGCCUGGUGGUCAUCAAGGCCGCGGAGGAAGACUUCGAGGCCAUCUGCACCGAGGGAAACGACUUGGAGAAACUGUACAAUGUGAGUGCUCCGUGUGGGAAUUCGGUUGGCACCAAGCUCAACUUCUGCGUCCGCGACAUGUACCACAAUCUCCAGAAAGCCCUGGAAAAGGCAGAUCGCAGCCAGGCCGUUCAUCACGCCUGCUGCUACUUCGGAGGGCUACUCGACUGCGUCGACUCGUCGCUGGACAGCUGCGAGAACUCGGACGAGCCGAAGCAGUUCAUCCUGGGACGACUCGAGCACAUCUUCGGAGAGGCACUCGGCCUGGUGUGCGGCAGACACACGCGGGGUUCGGCCAGCUGCGCGGCCCUUCCCGUCCUGCCCGAGCUCGAACCCGGCACGCCCGAACCUGCGAACAACCUGGUCGAGUACGGCAUACUCAUCAUGCAGCUCUUUAGUCGACGCGACAGCGCUGACCAGUAGGGAAACUAAAUAAAAAUGUUCCUCCGGA